AUGACAUUAAACAGGGAUGUAGAUACGUCGUCGGUUGUUUAUCGUUCUAUUAAAAAACAUGAGCAAAAGCAAGUCCUCGAUUUAUUAUAUUCAAUUUUCCCCUGUAAUCCAGAUGAUUUCGAACGUUCUUACACUGCUGAAGCAUCGCCAGACUAUCAAGAAGGUGAUACGUUAGGUGCUUGGCACAACGAAAGAUUGGUGAGUACAGCGCAUAUUCGACGUCUUAGAAUUCAAUCGUCGGAGGAUGAUAACGAAUAUUUGUGUGGGUUUAUUUCCAAUGUUGCUACUGCAGAAGAAUAUCGAAAACGAGGCUUUUCUCGGCAUCUUCUUCGGUUAUUGAUUGAAAAGAUGGAACAAAGUAGCGAAUUUGAUCUAUCAAUGUUGGGUACUGAUGUGCAUAAUCAUUAUUCUGCGCUUGGUUGGGAACAAAUAUCUAUACCAAUGAUAGUAACUAUCGAAUGGAACGAUUUAAAUUCUAUUGACAAUAACAAUAUCAAGUGGUGUUCGGCAGCUGAAGUAUUAUCAACUGAUCGAGAUUUACUAUUUAAAAUACAUUCAAACACUUCGCGUAAGUAUCAGUAUAGUCGAACAAAUGGUACUAUGUUCACACAUUGGGCUGGCUGGGAUUGGCAACACAAUGAAGCUAUUGUGCACAUUUGUCAUGACGCCGAGCCAGGCUAUGUGGUAAUUAGCAAACCGAAUAAUAUCGAUGAUAUUUGUGUGUAUGAAUGGCGAGCACCAAAUAUUGAUGUUGAACGAAAAGUGUUGAAAGCCGCAGCUGAAAAGAUUUUACAGCGACAUCAGACAAAUAUUAUUCGCUUUCAUGGUCUACCUCAAUAUAUUGGUAUCGAUGAGUUGAACCAGUGGGCUGCUAACUCGAUAAAAAUCGAGAAGAAAGGCGAUAUGAUGAUACGUAACAUCCGUCUUUCGAAUGACAAACUUGAAAACAUCAAAGCAGCUUAUUCCGAUGGUACUGCAUCAUGUUGGUUAGCUGACUUUUUUUAG